AAUUACCGGCUGAAGAAGGAAAAACCUUGCUGGAACUUGUGAUCGAGCAGUUUGAAGACUUACUAGUUAGGAUUUUAUUGUUGGCCGCAUGUAUAUCUUUCGUUUUGGCUUGGUUUGAAGAAGGUGAAGAAACGAUUACAGCCUUUGUAGAACCUUUUGUAAUUCUACUUAUAUUAGUAGCCAAUGCAAUUGUGGGUGUAUGGCAGGAAAGAAAUGCUGAAAAUGCAAUAGAGGCCCUUAAGGAGUAUGAGCCUGAAAUGGGGAAAGUGUAUCGACAGGACAGGAAAAGUGUGCAGCGAAUUAAAGCUAAAGACAUAGUUCCUGGGGAUAUUGUCGAAAUUGCUGUUGGUGACAAAGUUCCUGCUGAUAUAAGAUUAACUUCCAUCAAGUCUACAACUCUAAGAGUUGACCAGUCAAUUCUCACAGGUGAAUCUGUUUCUGUCAUCAAGCACACUGACCCUGUCCCUGACCCACGAGCUGUCAAUCAAGAUAAAAAGAACAUGCUCUUUUCUGGUACAAACAUUGCUGCUGGGAAAGCUAUGGGAGUGGUGGUGGCAACUGGAGUUAAUACUGAAAUUGGCAAGAUCCGAGAUGAAAUGGUUGCAACAGAACAAGAGAGAACACCCCUACAGCAGAAGCUAGAUGAGUUUGGGGAGCAGCUUUCCAAAGUUAUCUCCCUCAUUUGCAUUGCAGUCUGGAUCAUAAACAUUGGGCAUUUCAAUGACCCAGUUCAUGGGGGCUCCUGGAUCAGAGGUGCCAUCUACUACUUUAAGAUUGCAGUGGCCCUGGCUGUUGCUGCCAUCCCAGAGGGUCUGCCUGCUGUCAUCACCACCUGCUUGGCUCUUGGAACUCGUAGGAUGGCAAAGAAAAAUGCUAUCGUUCGGAGUUUGCCUUCUGUGGAAACCCUUGGUUGUACUUCUGUUAUCUGCUCAGACAAGACAGGCACACUCACCACAAACCAGAUGUCAGUCUGCAGGAUGUUCAUUUUGGACAAAGUCGAAGGUGAUACUUGUUCCCUUAAUGAGUUUACUAUAACUGGAUCAACAUAUGCACCCAUUGGAGAAGUGCAUAAAGAUGAUAAGCCAGUGAAGUGCCAUCAGUAUGACGGGCUUGUAGAGUUAGCAACGAUCUGUGCUCUGUGUAAUGACUCUGCUUUGGAUUAUAAUGAGGCAAAGGGUGUGUAUGAAAAAGUUGGAGAAGCCACAGAGACUGCUCUCACUUGCCUGGUGGAGAAGAUGAAUGUAUUUGAUACCGAACUGAAGGGACUGUCUAAAAUAGAGCGUGCAAAUGCCUGCAACUCGGUCAUAAAACAGCUGAUGAAGAAGGAAUUUACUCUAGAGUUUUCACGUGAUAGAAAAUCGAUGUCUGUCUAUUGUACACCAAACAAACCGAGCCGGACAUCCAUGAGCAAGAUGUUUGUGAAGGGUGCUCCCGAAGGUGUCAUCGACAGGUGUACCCACAUCCGAGUUGGAAGUACCAAGGUCCCCAUGACUCCUGGUGUCAAACAGAAGAUUAUGUCUGUCAUUCGUGAGUGGGGCAGUGGCAGUGAUACACUGCGGUGCCUGGCUCUGGCCACUCAUGACAACCCACUGAGGAGAGAGGAGAUGCACCUGGAAGAUUCAGCCAACUUCAUCAAGUAUGAGACCAAUCUGACUUUUGUUGGCUGUGUGGGCAUGCUGGACCCUCCCAGGAUCGAAGUGGCCUCUUCUGUGAAGCUGUGCCGGCAAGCAGGCAUCCGUGUCAUCAUGAUCACUGGAGACAACAAGGGCACUGCUGUGGCCAUCUGUCGCCGAAUUGGUAUUUUUGGGCAGGAUGAGGAUGUGACAUCAAAGGCUUUUACAGGGCGGGAGUUUGAUGAGCUCAGCCCCUCAGCCCAGAGAGAUGCCUGCUUGAAUGCCCGAUGUUUUGCUCGAGUUGAACCUUCCCACAAGUCUAAGAUCGUUGAGUUUCUUCAGUCCUUUGAUGAGAUCACAGCUAUGACUGGUGAUGGUGUGAAUGAUGCUCCUGCUCUGAAGAAAGCGGAAAUUGGCAUUGCCAUGGGUUCAGGUACUGCAGUGGCCAAGACUGCCUCUGAGAUGGUCCUAGCAGAUGACAACUUUUCCACCAUUGUGGCUGCUGUUGAGGAGGGUCGAGCCAUCUACAACAACAUGAAGCAGUUCAUCCGAUACCUCAUCUCUUCCAACGUCGGGGAAGUGGUCUGUAUUUUUCUGACGGCGGCCCUUGGGUUUCCUGAGGCUUUGAUUCCUGUCCAGCUCCUCUGGGUCAAUCUGGUGACAGAUGGUCUGCCUGCCACUGCACUAGGGUUCAACCCUCCCGACCUAGACAUCAUGAACAAACCACCCCGGAACCCAAAAGAACCCUUGAUCAGCGGGUGGCUGUUUUUCCGUUACCUGGCUAUUGGCUGUUACGUUGGCGCUGCUACUGUGGGUGCUGCUGCAUGGUGGUUCAUCGCUGCUGACGGUGGUCCAAGAGUGUCCUUCUACCAGCUGAGUCACUUCCUACAGUGUAAAGAGGACAACCCAGACUUCGAAGGAGUGGACUGUGCAAUCUUUGAGUCCCCGUACCCAAUGACAAUGGCGCUUUCUGUUCUAGUAACCAUAGAGAUGUGUAAUGCCCUCAACAGCUUGUCUGAAAACCAGUCCUUGCUGAGGAUGCCCCCUUGGGAGAAUAUCUGGCUCGUGGGCUCCAUCUGCUUGUCCAUGUCACUUCACUUCCUGAUUCUCUACGUGGAACCUUUGCCACUCAUCUUCCAGAUCACACCGUUGAAUCUGACCCAGUGGCUGAUGGUGCUGAAAAUCUCCUUGCCUGUGAUCCUCAUGGAUGAGACGCUUAAGUUUGUGGCCCGAAACUACCUGGAACCCGGUAAAGAGUGUGUGCAGCCUGCCACCAAAUCCUGCUCGCUGUCGGCAUGCACCGAUGGCAUUUCCUGGCCGUUUGUGCUGCUCAUUAUGCCCCUGGUGGUCUGGGUCUACAGCACAGACACUAACUUUAGCGAUAUGUUCUGGUCUUGACUGACAGCGCUACAUACAGAAGAUGUUUUAACUUAAUCGAUUAAUUUUUUAUUGUUUAAAGCAACUGUCUAUUUCUGCUGAAUUUUCACAUGAACAUAUUGGCUGGUGAAGGAGGUUUCAUAUUCUAGAUUUUGUUUUGCUUUUUCUGACUCCAGUGGGACAAGAUUUUCCUUUUUUUUAUACACAUAAUUAAAGUGUCCAUUGACAUGUACAGAGAACUAACACUAUUUUAUGCAGAUAUUUUUUUGUAGAUGAAAAAGCAUGUACAGUGUUCUGUUUAAUACUCAUACUUGUACAAAGAUAGUUGAGCCAGCAGACAUUGUCAGCAAAUUAAUUGGCAGCAGACUUUAGGAAAUGAAUGUGUGUGGUUUUUAAAAGAAAAAAAAACUAAAUAGCAUGUAUUGUGUCUUUUGCAUGAUUCUCUGGAUUUAAUUUGAUAUCACAGUCUAAUUUUUAUUCAUAAGCCAAUUUUUCUGCACUGAGCAGAGUCCUGCUACCUCAGUCAGUAUUUUUGGUUUGCCACUUCCUGCACCCUCAGCCUCUGUCACCCCCAGCCCACCCCAGCCCGCUCGGCUUCUUCUGUAGGUCUGAUGGUUCUGUUUACAUCCGUCUUCACUAGAGGUUGCCUGUUCUCGCUUGUGCAGAAAACAUUGCUCCAGAUUCAAAUCGACUGGGUUUCUGUCCCUCGCCUAGUUUUAAGGUUAUUUAUUUAAAUGUCUAAUGUAUUUUAUUGUAACAGACAUUGUUUUGCCAGCAUUGCCUAUUCAUUGGCACUUCACAAUCUAGUUUAAAAGAAAAAAUAAAACAUUUUAAAUGGACAGAGAAAAAUAACUGUCUUGUUCUUAAUGGCCUACCUUGAACUAUCUAUAAUCAGUUCAGAUUUCUCUGAGGUCCUCAGCUUAGAGCCUUAGUUUCCUGUUCCUGAGGGGAGAAUCCUGUUCUGCUGCAUUGUAGGGUUUUGUUUAGGAUGUAUAGGCACGAUCUGUCAUGUGAUACACAUUUAUGCAAGUUUCUGCUGGCCUGUUGUAUGUAGCCUGGUAUAAGGGCAAGUGUGUGUGUAGGUGUGUGUAUGUUUUGUAAAAUCUGUAAAUAGCACAUGACCAAAUGAACAUAUUGUAUAGAACUAUUUUUAUUUGAAUAUGGCACUAACCACCACCAUCAUGACUGAUGAACGUUUGCGCAUGUUCAAGGUCAGUCUUAACGGCAGUGUGAGUCAUUAACAGUCCUAACUGUGGUGUUUUCCUCCAAUGCCUUCCAACAUCCAUCAACUAACGUGAGUAUCUUCCUGUGGGGUUGGGGUGCUGUGGCCUGUCUACAGGGAUGCCACUGAAUGAAAUGGCCCCUGUGCAGCAGCCACUCCUAAGGGAUGUCAGCUGCUCACUACACAUAGACUUGAGCGUAGACACUGCCUGGGACAGUGAUUCUUACGAGUUGUGGGGAAGAGGAUCUUGUGACCUGUGUCACCUCUAGUGCCAAACAGACCUUAUACAAAAAUGUGCCAAGACUUUUGGAUUUUCACUGGCUACAGAAAGCAGUAAAUCUAGAUACUGACCCUGUUUUUUGUCGCCUUCCUAGGGCAUGUCUUAGCAUCUAGGGCAUGGCCAUUAUAACAAUCUCCUGGUAUACAAAAACCUAAGGGCUGCUGGUUCCCUUAGUUGCAGGGGUGAGCAGGCAGGCAGAAGUAAGUGCCAGGUUCUGAAGGAAUGCAACUGACCCUUGAGUUCAAGGCCUCUGGGUGCUGUAGGAAGUUAACAAUUCUCAGGAAACAGGCAGGUUUGCUAUUUUUGGACGUUAUGAGGGGGUCAGACCCACAGAUCAAGGCCAACAGCAUAGUCCCAGCCACAGGCCUCCCUCUGCAGGUACUCAGCCUUCCCUCACCCAACACCCUCAAGAAGGGACUGCAGUACAUGGAUGGGCAGUGUUGUCCUCAACCACUAGGGCAGUCUGGCCUGGAAGUCAGCUUUGAGGUUUUCCUGAGUCGUCUCUUCAUUGCAGCUGUAUCAAAGGUUCAGCGCUGCAGCCCACUCAGCAAAGUGCAGGUGAUGCAUUCCCCAGCAGCUAGGGCAGGUGCUGCCAGGGCUGGGGAAGGCCCGCCACCUCACAGCAACUGCUACCCUAGCAUCUUUAAACUAGGGUCUCAGCCCAAUAGUGUCACAACCCUCAGAACACCCAGAGCACAGCACCGGCUCAGCCUGCAGUGCCCAUAAGCCAAGAGGCAUGGUUGUGCCCAUUGCAAUGAGCCACCAAAUCCAUCAAGAUCUUCCAAAGCAGAGCUGAGCCUGCAGCCCAGGACUGCUGCCAUGGAGAACAGGGAGGGAGUAGGAAGGCCUUUCCUCCCCUGGUGCCAUGCCAUUCACUCUGCUUCACCUGCCUCACCCUCUGCAUGGCUACAGAGAUCUCCCAUUCACACUGCCCCCAUACCUGACAUGCCUUCUAGUUUCUGCCUCAUGGGGCUUUGUUAGGAGCCGGCAGUAGUAGGAGGCACAAGGCAGUCACCAAGCCACUGCUUCUAGAUGUGACAGGGCAGCAUUCCAGGGCACUUAGAAUGCUGGUCUUGCAUCUAGACUAAAUGCAGUGUUCUUUCCGUCUGUCCCUGUUGGUGUGUCUUGGGAAGUUUUUCUAACAUUGCUCUAUAUUUCAAGAAGCUGAUUUCCUCUCUCUUUCCUUUUCAGCAAUACUGGAGUAACCGCUUCCUAAACCAUUUGCAGAAAUGUCAGGGGUGUUCGGGUGCGUGCAUGUGCGUUGUUAGCAACACAUCUACCAGCCCUCUGCAUGACUGAUGUUGGGGAAAAGAAAAAUAGAAACAGUUUCCAACUCACUGUGUGAUGUGGAGGAAAUGUGUAUAGCAGUGGGGUUUUAGCUGUUCAAUCAGAAUAAUAACAAAUGUACAGUUUAGCGUAAAGAAUCAGCCUCCAGAGAAGUUUGAUUUCUUUGCUGCAAGAAGAAUGAGGUUCUGAACCCUUAUCCAAGAACAGAAGCCAUCAGCCAAGUCUCCACAUUUCUCUACAAAUGUCAUAGCCUUUAUAGCUGUAUGAUAAUUGUAAUGCAUGCCUUCAGUUGUAAGCAGCCAGAUUGCUCUGCAGUGACAUUGAAACAUGCUUUCUAAUUGGCCCUGUACAGUUUGCUUAUUUAUAAAUUCAUUUAAAAACA